AUGUACAAUAAAGUACAAACACGAACAUACUCUGUCGCUUCAAAGCAAGGGCCUCCUACUUCUACAUCUGUUUCUUUAGUUGACCUUUUAGAUAGAUCAGAAAUAUCAAAGGUCAGAUUGAACCCACCCUUAAUAUACGCGUAUUUACACACCUUCCAUAUAGCUAGUCGUUGCUUCGACAUCCUGAAACAAUGCACUUCAUGGCAUUCAGGUUAUGUCGGUUUUGAUACUGAAACUACAGUUCGUAGGCAACGAAACCAUAGAUUAGUUUCAAUGAUACAAAUUGCCACACGUGAUUUGUGUUUUUUAUUUCAAGUGUAUCGUAUUACGCAAGGGAAUUGCAAAGAGUUUCCACCAAUACUUCGUCAAUUUUUAAGUAAUCCGAAUAUUCUAAAGGUUGGAGUCAACGCAAGCCAUGAUGCAGAAUGGCUAAAGAAAUCAUAUGACAUUCAAUGCCAAGGAAUUGUUAAUCUCGAGGAUAUUGCUAAAGAAAAAGGGUAUUCUGCGGGAUCAUUGUCAGAGUUAACGUUAAUGUUUGGGGAUCCAGGGCUUGUUUUGGAAAAAAAUAAAAGAAAAAUAUUGAAAUGGAAUUUUGAUGCAGCAACAUUGGAUCCUGAAUUAAUAUUAUAUGCAUCUGCUGACGCAUUUGCUGGAAUUCAAGUGUAUGAGAACAUUCUUGAAGAUAGGAUGAAUCCUGAUUAUUUAAAUUAUGAAAGCAUGAAUCCGAUCUUACUUGAAAAUAAGUAUUAUCGUUGGAUUAAGACUAAACCAAAAAAACUUGAUCGGCAUAAUGAAGUGAAUAAAACAAUUGAAAAAUUUAUUGAGGACGGACGUCUUAUUGUUGUCGAGGAAGAAAAACAAAUAGAUGGCGUUGAUGAACAAAAUCAAGAUGCUGAAUCCAGUAAAAUUCAAAGGCUAGAAUCCACUAGUGCUACUGUCGACAAAAUCGAUAUGUUGGUUAAGCUCCCGGGCAUAUCGAUUGAAACUAUUGUUUCAAGUUCGUUCGCAGAUCAAUUUUUUAUUUCAAAGGGACUUGAUUUAGAUGAUUGCAUUUUUUUAAAGGAAAUUCUACCAUACAUAUUGAAAGCUGCAAAAAAAGAAUCGCUGGUGCAUAUAUAUAUUAACAAUGGGAAAAAACAAUCUUUGGCUAAAGAUGAUCAAAUAAUUAAAGAAAAGCUCGAUGUUUUGAGCUUAAAAGGGGUUUUAAUACCAGGUAAAAAAUGGAAUACUCUUAUGCUUCAUCCUGAUUGGCUAACAGAAUUGGAAAAAGGAUCGAUUUUAGAAAAAUUAUAG